UCACAUGCUAAUACUAAACCUCUUCCUCUGUUAGCUUUUCUUCAAUUCUCACCUCCCUUUUUUUCUUCACAUUGUUCUUCUUCAUGAUAAUUACACCCACAAAAAAAUAAUGGCCUCUUCAGAAAUAUACUACCCUAAUUUGCAAGCUCUAACACAAGAAGAAUUGGCUGAACUUGACCCAAUCAUAAAAAAAUAUCACAUUUUCAAUGAUCCCUCCCCAAACACCUGCACUUCGAUAAUAACCUACCGGAUCGAAGCUUCGGCGAACGCGGUAUGGCCGUUCGUCCGAAGCUUCGAGAAUCCCCAGAAGUACAAGCACUUCAUAAAGGGGUGCAAUAUGAGAGGAGAUGGCGGCGUUGGCAGCAUCAGGGAGGUCACCGUCGUUUCGGGCCUCCCAGCAUCAACCAGUACUGAGAGGCUCGAAAUUUUAGACGAUGACCUCCACAUACUGAGCUUUAAGGUAGUUGGAGGCGAACAUCGCCUCCAAAACUACCGCUCGGUAACGUCGGUGAACGAAUUCAACGUAGGAAACAGGGCUUAUACAAUUGUUUUGGAGUCUUAUAUUGUGGAUAUACCACAAGGGAACACCGAAGAAGAUACCAAGAUGUUUGUUGAUACCGUUGUUAAGCUCAACCUUCAGAAACUUGGUGUGGUUGCCAUGGCUAGUUGACAAAUAUUAUUGCGUCGACAAUAAUAAUAAAAGGUUUUUAAUUUAGUUUUAUUUUAGAAUUUCUGAGUUCAUAUAGGUUCGUUAGCAUAAAUUAAUGCAAGGUCAUUCCUGCAAUUUUCUAUUGUUUCUG